AUGACCUCCGAAGACCACCACCAAAUGCAGACCGAGCUCGACAUGGUAGCAGCGCGCGGGCGGACGAGUAUAGAUGUCCAUCGUGUGCGAGAUGUAUUGCACGGUGGGAAAGAGGGAUGGUCGAUGCACGCGAAGCUUGUGGAGGUAUUGUCGAGGGAUCCCGUAUUUGACAAGUCCCAGAGGCCCUUCAUGUCUCGCACAGAUCGUCUUAAACGCGCGCUGAGGAUGACGACCCGGCUUUAUGAGCUGCAAGAUAUACACAGCUGGUCCGAGUCAGAGACGGCGCAAGCGGUGACCCUCAUGGAUGAGGAUAUGCCCGUUCAUUUAGGCUAUGCAGCGUUCGAAGCGGUAUUCAAUGCUCAGAGCGGACCUUAUCUGCAAGAUAGGUAUGGCUCCCUAGUGACUAGUAGAGGAAUUCAAGGAUGCUACCUACAAACAGAACUGGGCCACGGUACAGCUGUGACCAGGCUAGAAACCACAGCAACGUAUAUACCUGAAUCACGCGAGUUUGAGAUCCACUCCCCUACCCUGACGAGCACCAAGUGGUGGAUUGGCGCUCUCGGAAAGACUGCUACCCACGGGAUCGUGCAGGCGAAACUAAUCCUACCCGGAGGGCAGGACAUGGGCCCGCACAUGUUUUUUGUGCAGCUCCGAUCACUGAAGGACCACACUCCUCUACCGGGCAUCAUGGUUGGUGACAUCGGUCCUAAGGCGAUGGGUGGAUACGCUGCUGUAGACAAUGGUUAUGCACGCUUUUCUCAUGUGCGGGUACCUCGAGAGCAUAUGUUUUCAGGAUUCUCCCAAGUUACAGACGACGGAAAGUACGUCAAACCCCCUCACGCGAAGAUUGGGUAUGGUGGAAUGCUUUAUAUCCGCGCUAGUCUAGUAACCAAGGGCGCAUGGGUGAUAGCGAAAGCCGCCACUGUUGCCAUACGAUACUGCACGGUACGCCGACAAGGCGACAGAGACGCAGAUGGUAAUGAAAAACAAGUCAUCUCUUACCCCGCCGUCCAUUACAGACUACUACCCAUCCUCGGACAUGCGUAUGUCUUUCUGUUGUUAGGGCGUGAUAUGAUGGAGCGCGUCGCCGCCAUGAACGCUCGCCUCGCCAAUGGAGACAUCUCCCUGCUUUCGGAGAUGCAUAUCGCCUCGAGUGCAUUCAAGAUCCUCGUGUCCACCAUGGGCGUGCAGGAUGUGGAAACUGCUCGACGUGUCAUGGGCGGACAUGGAUUCAGCGCAUUCGCAGGCGUCGGGCGGUACUACGCGGAUUGGUUGCCGAGUGUCACAUACGAGGGAGACAACUAUGUCUUGGAUCUCCAGGUUGUGCGUGCUGCACUGAAGGCAUAUAAAAGCCUUCAUUCAUCACCUCGGGGAUCGUUGUCCGAGUCGGCCGCCUACCUGCGUCAUCUAUUGCCCGAAUAUGCAGAUGCCAGAGCGGCGGAGACUAAUUGGAGAGACUACAAAUCGUUGGUCAUCCUUCUCGAGAGACGCGCAGCUGUAAUGAUGCGCAAUCGUGCUGACAACGAGGGCGACACCGACCUAAGUAUGGACCACCGUGUCUCGAUGGCUGCGGCGGAGGCAUGUCUCGGUGCAUGGAUCGGCAAGCGUAUCAGUAACCUCUCAGCUGCGCUCUCCGAGCCCGAGGUCGCCAUCGUAGCCACAUUGCUCAGGCUGAGUGGGUUGGCAGACGUUCUGUCAUUUGGGCUGCUACCAUAUCCCGCGCCGAAUAGAGAUGCUGCGCGGGGUCUCCGUGCGGAGAUCAAAUACACGUGUUCAGAACUGUUGCCAGAAGCGAUUGGCUUGAGUGAUGCAUUUGGGUUCACUGAUUGGGAGCUGGACAGUGCGCUUGGUGUUCACGAUGGGAAUGUAUAUGGGCAACUGUGGGCGAGGGUGCAGAAGGAGCCGCUUAACGCCACAGAUGUCGUAGAGGGGUACGCAGAAUACAUAAAGCCCCUGUUGGAACGCGGUCAACGAAUCGUGGCAUCGCAGGGAGCAAAGUUGUAG